CCGAUUUCGCCUCUACUAGGCUCCGACGCCGACGAGAUCGCGCGGAGACGGGCGCUGCUCGCCAGGAAGUACGACAGGGACAUGGUGGAGCCCGGGGUGUUCCAGAGCGCGUACGGCAAGCUAUACCUGGUGUCCCAGGAGGACAGGUGGCUGCUGUCACAGCUGCUCGACGGGAUGAAGUCCCCGGCGGCGCCGAAGCCUCUGACCAAGAGCGAGCAGCGGCUCGCCGACGUCCUGGCCGCGCCGCGGGGGAAGCUGCACCCGGCGUCCGUCCUGCUCGGGGGCGGCGACUACAGCGUGCGGCGGCGCCUCGGCGGCCACCUCAAGGAGGCGCAGUGGAUGGGGGAGACCGUCGCGGUGAAGCAUUUCGUCGGGGACGCCGAGGCAAGGGGGGGUGAUACUCUUGCAGCAGGUGAAGCCCUUGCUGCUAGUGACAAGCUCAUAUCAAGAAAUGGCAAGUUUGCGCUGGGCUUCUUCCAGUUCCAGCAGGGCCCUGGUACCACCAGUAAGUCUCCCAACACCACCAACACCUCCUCCUCCCUCGGCUGGUACCUCGGCAUAUGGUUCAACAAAAUACCAGAUUUUACCACUGUCUGGGUAGCUAAUAGGGAAAAGCACAUCACUGACCGUGAGCUCAAACUAGCACAGCUCAAAAUUUCAAGAGAUGGCAAUCUCGUCAUCAUGUUAAGCAAGGCCAGUACUGAAUCCAUAAUCUGGUCCACAACUGGCAUUAUUUUCAAUAGCACAAACAAUACCAGUGCCGUUCUCAUGAAUAAUGGAAACCUUGCCCUCAUACCAGAAAACUCGUCUAAUGAAGUACCGCUGUGGCAGAGCUUUGACUACCCAACGGAUGUCGGGCUACCUGGUGCAAAGAUAGGCCGAAAUAAGGUCACUGGAUUUAACCAUCAGUUCAUCUCAAAGAAAAGCCUGAUUGAUCCAGGUCUCAGCUCAUACUCCGUCCAGAUAGACACCAACGGGGUGUUGCUCCUCAGAAGUUGGAUGCCCCCUUUUGUCGUGUACUGGUCUUGGCCAUCUGGAAAAUUAGCAGAACUUGUAUCAGCCCUGAAUGCUCUGCUAGACAUGGAUCCAAGGACCAAAGGUUUACUUAAGCCCACAUAUGUCGAUAACGACAAAGAGGUGUACUUCACAUACACCUUAGUGGAUGAAUCAACUUCUGUAUUCGUUCCAAUAGACAUCACUGGUCAGCUUAAACUGAAAGUUUGGUCACAAGCCACAGAGUCUUGGCAGAACAUAUAUGCCCAGCCUUCUGAUUUCUGCACAACAUAUGCCGUCUGUGGACCUUUCACGUUCUGCAAUGGUGAUAAGAGACUACUUGAGUAUGAACACAUGCCAAAUGGGUCUCUUGAUGGCCAUUUAUUUCAGAGCAAUGCUCCUGUCCUUAGUUGGAGCACCAGAUAUCAAAUAGCCAUAGGAGUUGCUAGAGGAUUGCUCUAUUUGCAUAGGAGUUGCCGGUUCAUAGGAAGGGAUUACAGCCGAGUUCUAACUACAUUCAGAGGCACUGCAGGCUAUCUUGCCCCUGAGUGGCUUAGCGGUGUUGCUAUUACACCAAAAGUUGAUGUCUAUAGCUUUGGUAUGGUACUGCAAGAAAUCAUAUCAGGAAGGAGGAACUCACCAGAAGUGCACAGUAGUAACGGUUAUCAUGGUACUUAUUUCCCCGUGCAAGCCAUCAGCAAGCUUCAUGAGGGAGACCUGCAGACCUUGAUGGACCCAAAGUUACAAGGUGAUUUCAAUUUGCAUGAGGCUGAAAGGGUUUGCAGAGUUGCAUGUUGGUGCAUCCAUGAGAAUGAGUUUGAUCGGCCGGAAAUGGUUGAAGUGGUUCGAGCUCUUGAGGGUCUCCAGGAGUUUGAUAUACCCCAAUGCCAAGACUACUUGCUGUAA